UAGGGCAUUAUUAAUUCCGAAUUAAAUCAAUGUUUGGUUGUUUAGGUUUAAUUUCGGUUUAAAGGCAUAAAACCGAUCAGUAUCUUUGUUAUUUACUUAUUUUGUUCGAUUUUUGGGUUAGGUUUGGAAUUUCAAACUAAAACUGAUGGAUUUGGGCCAAAUAAAACCCAAGACAGACUCUUCUGGUCACGGAUAGACAACUACCACGCCGGAGAACCACGCAGAAGCAGAAGAGAUUUUGUGUGCAAAAUUGUGAUUUAGAAUUCUUGAGACAAUUUAGGGGUUUUCGGUUCAAGUCACUCAGGUAUGUAUAUGCUUUCUCCAUUACAAAGUAUUGAAUCUGCAAUACAAACAUUAAUUUUGAGUUCAUAUUUUCAUGACUAUAUAUGUUUUAUAGUUCUUUUAUCCGAGUAAGGACGGAACAGAGAUACCGAUGUUUAUAGUGGCUAGAAAAGAUAUAAAGCUAGAUGCAUGGAUCACACCCAUGUUUGCUCUAUGAAUAUGGAGGGUUUAGCUAAGCAUGACUCGGUUUUUCAGCGCGACUCGUAUUGUGCUUAGUAGGCAUCUUGGUACCGUGUUCUGUUUUGCAAACAUCCAUGGUGGUGGUGAGUAUGGUGAGGAAUGGCAUAAAUCUGGCGCUCUAGCCAAUAAGCAGAAUUGCUUCGAUGAUUUCAUUUCCGCGGCUGAGUAUCUGGUUUCUGCUGGUUAUACACAACCGAGAAAAAUUUGUAUCGAAGGUGUUGGUAUUCUAGUAGGGGCUUGCAUUAAUCACGUAAAACAGAGUAAUAAAUAUUUGGGUGUCCUCUGGCUCAUGUCGGGGUCAUGGACAUCCUCCGGUUUCAGAAGUUUACCAUAAGACAUGCUUGGACUUCUGAAUUUGGUUGUUCUGACAAGGAAGAGGAGUUCCAUUGGCUGAUAAAGUAUUCGCCUCUGCAUAAUGUGAAGAGGCCUUGGGAACAGAAGACAGAUCGGUUUGUUCAGUACCCAUCAACCAUGUUGUUAACUGCUGAUCACGACGAUAGAGUCGUGCCACUUCAUACUUACAAGUUGCUUGCGACAAUGCAAUAUGAAUUAGGUUUGAGUUUAGAGAAUAGUCCACAGACGAACCCUAUAAUUGCUCGAAUAGAAGUAAAAGCCGGGCAUGGAGCAGGGCGUCCAACGCAAAAUAUGAUUGAUGAAGCGGGUGAUCGAUAUUCGUUCAUGGCGAAGAUGGUGGAUGUUCAUGGAUCGACUAGAAUUUACACGAAGAGAUUAACUUAUCUAUCUUUCAAAGGUUUGGACUUCUAUAAGUUUACCCCCUCCUUGUUCCCCGUUGAGGAGGAUGAGUAG